UCAUAAUGCCAGUAAGGUAAGGUUUUUAUUUUAUUUCAGUCAGUUUUGUCUGAAACAAACUUUGAAGACGGACUUUUGUUAUCUCAGAGGCCCAGAGGUGUGUUGUUGUUGUUGUGGGACCAGAAGCGCCUCCACCUUUCUGUGCGCCAGCAGCGGGGGGGUGGAGGGUCAGCCGAGGAGAAAGUUCAGAAAGCCACCGGAACACARGCGCUCCAUGGCGGCCGGAGGCAGCGUUCGCUCGGCCCGACGGAACCAGCUGCACGACUCCUCGGAGUCGGACUCGGAGCCGGAGCCGGGUCCAGCUCGGCCGCAGUGCGUCGCCGGAGCCUGGCCCGGCUCUCUCCCCGGCAGCCAGGUCAUCCACAGCGGACACUUCAUGGUGUCCUCCCCCCACAGCGACUCGACGGCGCGCCGGAGGAAGAGCGGCAGUUCGGUCCGGUACGACUUCGACACGGUGAACCGGACCUGGUGCCAGACGUACUGGUACCACUCCGGGAGCCUGAGCAUCGACCCGACUCUGACCCGCCUGUUUGAGUGCAUGUCCCUGGCUUACAGUGGAAAAAUAGUUUCCCCUAAAUGGAAGUCCUUCAAAGGUCUACGGCUGCUGUGGAGGGAUAAAAUCCGUUUGAACAAUGCCAUCUGGAGAGCUUGGUUCAUUCAGUAUGUGGAGAAAAGGAAGAACCUGGUGCGUGGGUUCAGCACUCCUCUGGAAGGCUCCGAGGCAGAAGCUCAUCGAAAGCCCGAAGCCAUCGUACUGGAGGGCAGCUACUGGAAGAGGAGGAUUGAGGUGGUGAUCAGGGAGUAUCACAAGUGGAGGAAUUACUACAAGAAGAGGCUUCAGAAAAAAAAGGAUGACAUUCUGUCCAUGUUACAAGAGGGACAGAUCUGCCAGGCCAAGCUGGACAAGAAGUCCAACCAGAGCCACCAGGAGCCCGAGGUCGGCCCAGCGGAGGUCCACAUGUUCGACCUGGACUGCCUUCUGUCCGACAUCUCCGACACUCUGUUCACCAUGACACAGAAACCGUGUCCCUGGAACAGUGAGCGGCACGACACCUACACCAGCAAUGCUGACAUUAUUCAGCCAGGCCUGACUCCACUGCAGCCCAACCUGGAUGAUUUCAUGGAAAUACCCGAUAUUUUCAUGAACUAUCGAGCCCAGGCCACUGAACAGAUGAGUUUUGCUGACUGUAGUUAUUUUGAGGGUUCAUCCAGUGCAGGAUUUGCUCCCAUUACCCCUCCUGUGGUAACCGGCACCCCGCUGCUAAUUGACACCCAGCUGGCUCAGCCCAAUCCGUCAUCAGACAGUUUGCCUUCGACAUCCAACACUCGCUCAGACCAGACCAGGCCGGGUCAGAACUGCAGUGAAUACCACUCAUCCAGCAUGGUGUCAGGAGCCAUGCCAUAUGGACAUCAGUCGUACCACGAUGCACCAGUUUCUGUCUCAUUCACUAAUACUGCUGAUCAACUGGCCUCUGCCAGUAUUCCUUUCCUGCACCCGUUGCCUUGCCACAAGUUUGGUUUCUACACAACGACCAGUGUGACCUCCACUGUCAUCACUCACACCGCCUCCACCAUGGGUGCUCACAGUUCCAUGUACCAGACUCACAGCUGCCCUCAAGCAGAGGAAGCAUACUCUCAGACUCACUGCCAUUCACUCAGUUACCCAGCCGCCACAUCGGACCCGGUCCACACUGCUCUCCCUCCUGUCACAGCAGCUCACUGCCUCGCUGUUCCAGAGCAGGUGGUCCUUCCAGGGGUCAGGGGGAAGCACAAGCAAAAGACAGGAGRAGUGAAGACAGUUGGCCCCUCUGCCUUGCCAUCCGACCCCCAGUCCACUGCCUCCAUGCCCACAAGCUGCCUGGCAAUGCUGCUUUCCUCUGGCACACAUGAACGAAAGCCAACCCUUGGAUUUAAUAAUACUGCUCUAAGGACAACCAAAGGUCAGAGGUCAACAUCUACCAGCUCUGUGCAGACGAGCAGGAUCACUCCUGUUGGUGGGGUUUCCUCACAGCUGCAGCACGGAGCCGGAUGGCACGCGGGGUCAACGUCUCCGCACGGACACAGCGCCACGCUGGGCCACAGCAGACCCCAUGCCAGCACCUCGAGGGGCUCGGCCGUCUCUGCCCUUCUCACCCACCACUCCACAAACACCACUACGACCCUCCGUGUUCCCAAAACGGAGAAACUCUCACCCAGUCAGCUGCAUGACACAGACAGGGGCAGCACGACCGUUCAUUUUUCUGUGCAUCCUGGUCACAUAUCUCCACCUAACCCUAUAGACAAAGCCUCCAACCCCGAGUCCCUGCAGUUGGGCUUCUCAGGACAUGGAAAGAUAGAAUCCAGUAAGCAAACGGAGACCAGGAGGAUUACUCACAUCUCGGCCGAGCAGAAGAGGCGGUUCAACAUCAAACUGGGAUUCGAUACUUUAUGUAACCUUGUGACUACGCUCAGCUCCCAGCCGAGCAUAAAGAUCAGUAAAGCCACUACUCUGCAGAAGACUGCGGAGUACAUCAGUAAGAUGCAGCAGGAGAGAGCUCAGCUGCACGAGGAGGUUCAGAGGCUCCGAGAGGAGAUCCAGCACCUCARCUCUGCCAUCAAUGCUUGUCAGCAGCAGCUUCCUGCCACCGGUGUUCCCAUCACACGGCAGCGCUUCGACUACAUGAGACAGAAGUUCAGAGAGUACGUCUGCGCUCAGACGCUGCAGAACUGGAAGUUCUGGAUUUUCAGCAUCAUCAUCGAACCUUUGUUUGAGUCUUAUAAUGGGAUGGUCUCCACUGCCAGUGUGGAGGAGCUGUGUCGGUCCACCCUGUCCUGGUUGGACCAGCACUGUGCCCUGCCUGUCCUCAGACCCAUGGUUCUGAGUUCACUCCGCCUCCUGAGUACCAGCACCGCCAUCCUGACCGACCCGAGCCUGCUGCCGGAGCAGGCCGCUCUCGCCGUCACACAGGGCGACUCCCCUGCUGCCACCGACCACUCCUUACAGCCCGUCCCUCGGCAGUAGGCCACACCCCUUCAUGGACCUCUAUGGAAUAACACAGCAAAUAAAAAGAGGACCUGCGAACUUUAAAGCUCAACUACAUGACUGUUAAUAACAUUUCUGAUAAAACUCAUCAAGCAACAAUAAGAAGCAUCUCAGCUCACUUAAGAAUGAUUCAAACUAAAUGUGACCAAAACUUCUGAUCCUCUGCAAAGCUUUACAGGACAUGUAAGAUAAUGGACACUGAUUUCUAAACCUCAGCUGAAGAUGUUAAUCACAUGCAAUAUGUAAUGCUUUUAUUUAUUUUAUGUGUUCUUUAAAAAAAGCCUAAAGACAGUUUAUUAUUUAGACAUUCCAGGCUACUUUUUGCAUCUAUAACCUGUUCAGUUAACAUGUAAAGUUAGCGCCUUACAUCUUAUUCAUGUUGUUCUGUGCUCAGCUGGUACAACAUGUCAGUGUAAGGAUAAAAAUAAUAAAGCAGCACACUGAUUAAAGGCAGUUUGUGGAGUUUA